GCAUCUCUAGCCUCUCCUACUCAAUUCCUAUCCUCACCUUCACGAAGUGCGGCUUGGGCUGCACGGGUGAACCCUGGAGAACCUGAGCAACCUUACCGGAGAUUGGGUAACCAACCCCAGUGGAAAGUAGGGUCAGGGCUGACGAGGAAGGGAGAAAUGGUCCUCCGAAAAGGGGGUUGGGCGAUAGGCCAGUAACCUAUUCUUGUAAAAAAGUACUACUACGAAACCUUCAGAUAGGCCUCGGAAUGGACGGAUAUCAAGACGACGACUUUGGCAACGGAAUAUGGAAUUUAUGCUGGGAACAUGGAAUGUCAGAACGCUAAAUAGACCAGGAGCACAGAGGGUCCUUCUACACGAACUGAAAAGAUAUAAAAUAGGAAUCACUGCAGUACAAGAAACUAAAUGGUUGGGAAAAGGUAUCCGAGACACUAAAACACACACUAUACUGUAUAGCGGUAAAGAUGAAGGAAAUAAAGAAUUUGGAGUAGCCUUUAUCUUAGAUAAUAAAAUGAAGCACCUGAUAACAGAUUUUCAAGCCAUCAAUGAAAGAAUCUGCAAGCUUAGGAUAAAAACGCAUUUCUUUAACAUAACCCUUAUAAAUGUACACUGUCCCACAAAUGAACAGGAAGAAGACACUAAGGUAGCCUUUUAUCAAGAUCUAGAACGAAUCUAUGACUCAAUACCAAGAAACGACAUUAAAAUGGUGAUAGGUGACACAAACGCCAAGAUCGGAAAAGAAGAAGAGUACAUAGGGGUAAUAGGGAAACAUAGUUUGCAUAGAGACACAAAUGAGAAUGGUCAGUUUCUAAUAGAUUUCGCAGCUGGAAAGAAUAUGAUUAUCAGUUCGACAUGCUUCCCACAUCGGGACAUACAUAAGGGCACUUGGAUAUCACCUGACGGAAACACAAUAAAUCAAAUAGACCAUAUACUGACUGAAAAAAGAAUGGCGACGAGUAUAUUAGAUGUAAAAAGCAGACGUGGCGCAAGCUGUGACUCAGACCAUCUACUAGUGCAGACACGGUUUAGAUGCAAAAUCAGUCGACAGGUUACCAGUUCCAGAGGUGUUAUUAAAAGAUAAACAAACAGCAGAAGAACAUGUUGAUGAUCCCCAUUUGCAUGGUGGUAGGAUAAGAUCUUUUGCUCAUGAAAGGGGCAAUUGGGCAACAUUUAUACAUAUUCCUU